AUGCAGCUCCUGGCACCCCUCACCCUCUGCCUCGGCCUCUGGGCAGGACUCAGCACUGCUGUCAUCCCAGCGGAGGAGGAGAAGCCAUCCUUCUGGAACAAGCAGGCGGCUGCAGCCAUUGAGGCCACCUUCAAGCUCCAGCCCAGAAUAAGCCAAGCCAAAAACCUCAUCCUCUUCCUCGGGGAUGGAUUUGGGAUCCCAACCAUCACAGCCACCCGCAUCCUAAAGGGGCAGAAGGCGGCGAAGCUGGGCCCUGAGACCCCCCUCGCCCUGGAUGCUUUCCCCUAUGUGGCUCUCUCCAAGACAUACAACGUGGACCGGCAGGGGGCAUACAGGUGGGACGGGGGGGCCCCCGACAGCGCGGGGACAGCCACAGCCUACCUCUGUGGUGUGAAGGGCAACUACCAGACGGUGGGGCUGAGCGCAGCCGCCCGCUACUCAGAGUGCAACACCACGGCGGGCAAUGAGGUGGUCUCGGUGCUGGAGCGAGCUCACAAAGCUGGGAAGUCGGUGGGCAUCGUGACGACAACGCGAGUGCAACACGCAUCCCCCGCGGGGACAUACGCGCACGUGGUGGACCGCAACUGGUAUGCGGAUGCCAGCAUGCCCGAUACCGCCCGCCUCGAGGGCUGCAAGGACAUCGCCUGGCAGCUGGUCCACAAUGUCGACAUCAAUGUGAUCUUGGGGGGUGGUCGGAAAUACAUGACCCCCAUGGGGACACAGGACCCUGAGUAUCCCACCUACCCCAUGGCAAAUGGGAUGCGCAAGGACAAGAACAACCUCAUCGACAUGUGGCUGAAGAGACGGGUGCAUGCCCGCUAUGUCUGGAACAGGACGGAGAUGCUGGCCGCUGCUGCUGACCCCAGCGUGAAUUAUUUGAUGGGUCUUUUCGAACCCGGGGACAUGAAGUACAACCUGGUGCGUAACACCACCACAGACCCGUCACUCACUGAGAUGAUGGAGGCGGCCAUCACCAUCUUGAGCAGGAACCCCAAUGGCUUCUACCUCUUUGUGGAAGAUAAGUCUGGGCCGCGCCCAUCUGCAGGCGGCAGAAUCGACCACGGCCACCAUGAUGGUGCAGCCCAUAAGGCGCUGGAGGAGGCGGUGGAGUUCGACCAGGCCAUCGAGCGGGCAGGUGCCCUGACAGAUGAGGCACAGACCCUCACUGUUGUCACCGCCGACCACUCGCAUGUCUUCUCCUUUGGUGGCUACACCCUACGUGGCUCCUCCAUCUUUGGUCUGGCCCCCAACAAAGCUGCUGACUCAAAGAACUACACAUCCAUCCUCUAUGGGAAUGGACCAGGUUACCCAGGCACCAACCGAGUGAGGGCACAGGGACCAUGGCCAGUCUGUGGGAUGUACGACUAUUUGCAGCAGGCUGCCGUGCCCCUCGUCUCAGAGACCCAUGGCGGCGAGGACGUGGCCCACCCGGCCAACGGGCCCCCGGUAGGCCCCAUGCCCCCCCUCUUCCAUGGAGUGCAGGAGCAGACCGACGUGGCCCACGCCAUGGCCUACGCUGCUUGCCUCGAGCCAUACACUGUCUGCCGCCAGCUGGAUUCUGCCGCCGGCGUCCACGCCACCCCCCUGGCCCUGCUCCUGCCCACCCUCCUCCUGCCCCUCUUCCACUGA